AUGCUUCUUUUCCUGUCUUCUAUCCCACCCAAGAUGAAAGAAAAAGACAUGCCGUAUUCGGAGACGAGUCCUCUGCUUGAGGUCAAUGUCGCCCCUCGGCGGCAUAGAUAUCCGCAUCACGCUCUUCGUCGAGCUUGUACGAUCUCCCUUGCCGCGCUGCUAUCUGUAGCGACCGUACUUUUCCUGAUUCCAACCGCCAUCCUACCUCGAGAAAGUGGCUCGGUCUGGUCUUAUCUCCCAUGGGCCCAACCUAUUCCACACGAGGCAUGGCCAGAGAGCUACGGCCUCCCUUAUGACCAACUCCAGCAGAUCCUCCUCAAUGUCCCCUCGGCGGAUAAGGCUCGAGAGUGGAGCAAAUACUAUACAGCGGGACCGCACCUGGGCGGCAAGAACCUUUCCCAGGCUCUUUGGACUUUGAAUAAAUGGAAGGAGUUCGGUGUGGAGGAUCUUCAACUUCCGGCUUAUGAUAUUUACCUGAACUAUCCCCUGGAUCACCGUCUGGCUUUGCUGAAUAUCUCGGGCGAUAAGGCCGAAGUCACUUUCGAGGCCACUUUGGAAGAAGACGUUCUAGAGGAAGAUCCCACUUCUGGCCUGGAAGACCGUGUGCCUGUCUUCCAUGGUUAUUCUGCUAAUGGCAAUGCUACUGCCCAGUUUGUGUACGUCAACUUUGGUACAUUCAAGGACUUCGAGGACCUCGUGAAUGCCAACGUCACACUUGAAGGCAAGAUCGCCAUUGCUAAGUACGGUCGUAUUUUCCGUGGCUUGAAAGUCAAACGUGCACAGGAGCUUGGGAUGGUCGGUGUUCUUAUCUACAGUGAUCCCCAGGAAGAUGGAGAGAUCACCGAAGAAAACGGUUACGAAGCUUACCCUAAUGGGCCGGCCCGAAACCCUAGUGCGAUCCAAAGAGGUAGCACUCAAUUCCUAAGCUUCCUCCCUGGUGAUCCCACCACCCCCGGAUACCCAUCUAAGCCCGGAUGUGAGCGACAAGAACCAGAGUCCAUCCCCUCCAUCCCAUCUCUCCCUAUAUCCUACAAGGAGGUCCUGCCAUUCUUGAAGGCUUUGAAUGGCCACGGCCCCAAGGCAUCAGACUUCAACAAGUGGUGGCAGGGUGGUGGUCUUGGGUACAAGGGUGUCGAGUACAACAUUGGACCUUCUCCUGAGGGUGUAGUGAUCAACCUUCACAACCACCAGGAGUAUGUUACUACUCCGCUUUGGAAUGUUAUCGGUACCAUCAAGGGCCACAUCCCUGACGAGGUCGUCAUCCUUGGCAACCACCGUGAUGCGUGGAUUGCCGGUGGUGCCGGCGACCCCAACAGUGGAUCUGCUGCUCUGAACGAGGUAGUUCGCAGCUUUGGCGAAGCCCUCAAGGCAGGGUGGAAGCCACUCCGCACUGUUGUCUUUGCCAGUUGGGACGGCGAAGAGUAUGGCUUGCUUGGAUCAACUGAAUGGGUCGAGGAAUUCCUUCCCUGGCUCUCCAAGGCUAACAUUGCCUAUCUGAAUGUCGAUGUUGCCGCCGCUGGUACUCAUUUCGAGCCUCGCGCAAGCCCACUGCUGAACAAGGUCAUUCACGAUGUCGCUAGCCUUGUGCAGUCUCCGAACCAAACCGUACGCGGUCAAACUAUCGGUGAUGUCUGGGACGGCAAGAUCUCAACAAUGGGUAGCGGAAGCGAUUUCACAGCCUUCCAAGACUUUGCCGGUGUUGCCAGCUUGGACUUCGGAUUUGGCCGUGGUAAGAACGAUCCCGUCUACCACUAUCACUCAAACUACGAUAGUUUCGCCUGGAUGGAGAAGUACGGUGACAAGGACUUCCUAUACCACCAAGCAACCACCCAGCUUUGGGCCUUGGCAGCCGCACAGCUAAUCGAGUCCCCCAUCCUUGCUUUGAACGCGACAGACUACGCGCUCGGUCUCGGAUCCUACCUGGACCAAAUUAAGCCAGCGGCCGAUAAUCUCCCCAAGAACACCCACUUCGACUGGGUGCCACUUGACAUGGCGAUCCUCGAGUUCCAAGAAACCGCUAAAGCCUUUGAUGCCCACGCCCUUGAUCUCAAGGCCCAGCUUGGCGAGGAUGUGCCUUGGUACCACUGGUGGAAGAAGGUGAGGUUGUGGUUCCAGAUCCGCGCUGCCAAUGCGAAAUACAAGGGCAUUGAGCGGGCUUUCCUUUACCAGCCUGGUCUCGAUGGUCGUAGUUGGUUCAAGCAUGUCGUCUUUGCGCCGGGUAUUUGGACUGGUUACUCGGGUGCUACUUAUCCAGGCAUCGUUGAGAGCCUUGAGGCUGCAGAUGUGGACAAUGCCAACAAAUGGAGCUCCAUCAUUCAGGGGCGCAUUGCUGCAGCGACUAAGCUGCUGCAGUAG